AUGGAAGGAGAAUAUGUUUCGAACAUCAGACUUGAAUUGCAACCAAGAUCUCGUCGCGGGUAUCGUCGGUUGUUUGGAAUACGAGAAAAUCCUUAUUUUAAUGAAGAUUUAUUUGAUCAAGAACAAUUCACUCGACAAUUUCUUAGCGAAUACAAUCGAAAAGUUCUCCGACGAGGACAACACGUUAAAUGCAAUAACUUAAUUAUCGCUGUUAAACAAAUCAUCAAUGCUCCAAAGGCGUUUGAAGGCAAUACUGAAGUGGAAUAUCGAUUGAAAGGUCUUCCAUUGAAAAAUAGACAAGAGCAUUCAAUUGAUAAGGAAAAAGGCGCGUUAAAUAAAUCAUUUCUGACUGACAGAAGUGAAAUAACUGUUGGCGAUGAUAUAGACAACGAAGUUUCUUCAUGCUAUUGUUCUGAUUGUCGAAAGAGUUUAACAAAUGGUGAUUAUCUAAUUAAAACAACGAACUGGAGUCGACCAAUUCUUUGUCUAUCUUGUUACGAAGAUCAUUACACUGAGAAAUGCGUUCGAUGUUUCAAAGCAAUAACCUUUGAUCCGAAUUCGAUCAAAUCAGAUGGCUUAGUUCGUGUUCAUUACGUUGAAGCGCAUGGUUCUUAUUGGCAUUCGGAAUGUUGCGUGUGCGCCGUUUGUUUGAAGUCAUUGAUUGGAGAGAAAUUCUAUCAAGAUCAAUAUUGCAAUCAACUAUUUUGUCUUGAACAUAUUCCUCUUCAAUAUCUUUAA